CCCACAGUGGCAGCGGCAGCACUUCCGAGUUCUGCUUUGCGUCUAGAGAGAAUCAUGUGAGGUCUCGAUGCCCUGGUCUGACUGGUUGCUGGCUACUUGGCAAGGAGAGAAUGUUUACCACCUGCUUCAAAAAAGAAACCCAUGGCAAACUGAUCCUGAUUUAUAGCAACCCUAAACAGCUGAACUGUCCCCACAGGGUUUCUAAGACCGUCCAUCUUUACAGAAGCACAAAGCGCCAUCUUUCUUCCUCGGAGCAGCUGAUGAGUUCGAACUUCCAACCCUCUGGUUGGCAGCCAACUUAACCACUUAACCCCGGCACCACUAGGGUUCCUUACUGCUUCUUUAAAACUGGCAAGAAUUCUGUGGACAUGGUCCCAUGUUUCAAGCCUGUGAGGAAUUUCAGUAGAGUUUUAAAAGAGUCCAGCCGGGAUUCAAUUUCCUGAGGCCAACUCUCUCUGGCAAAAGCCAUCGAUGCGCUACUCUCAGCUGCAACCUCUGUAUGUCUCUCAAGCUUCAAACGUUCAUUGAGAGUUAUAACUGCAAACAUCGGGAAUGUAGGCAGAACUUGUGACAUGAAAGAAGGAAUGUUUUUCUGAACGGUCCAUGGCACACCUGGGACAUCCUUCGAAGGUCAUCCUGAUGCUUCCUUUGAAGCACAGCAUUUUCAGUCAGGAUGGUCCCCUAGAACCCAUGUCUACCUCUUCAUUUUACAGAGGAGCAAAGGGAUUCCCAGAGAGGGCAUGCAGCUAGUUAGGGAAAGAUCUGAAUUCUAGAACCCAGACUGCAAACCCAGCUUUCUCAGCACCUCUUCCCUGGACCUCCCAGACCCGACUCUUCACAGCCAUGUCGAAAUGCUCAUAGGGACUAACCACAUUUCCACGGGGUCUCUUUCCGAAGGAGGUAUAGCUGACGGCCCCAAGGCUGGCUAAGUAGCUGGCUGCCUGCUUGGCGUCCCACGUCUAUGUCGCAACUGAAGAAUGUGGAAGCCAGGAUCCUCCAGUGUCUCCAGAACAAGUUCCUGGCCCGCUAUGUGUCCCUCCCAAACCAGAACAAGAUCUGGACGGUGACUGUGAGCCCCGAGCUCAAGGACCGCACCCCGCUGGUGAUGGUCCAUGGGUUCGGGGGCGGCGUAGGCCUCUGGAUCCUCAACAUGGAUUCGCUGAGCGCCCGCCGCACACUGCACACCUUCGAUCUGCUUGGUUUCGGGCGGAGCUCAAGGCCCACGUUUCCGAGGGACCCAGAGGGAGCCGAGGACGAGUUUGUGACUUCGAUAGAGACGUGGCGGGAGACCAUGGGGAUCCCCAACAUGAUCCUCCUGGGACAUAGUCUGGGAGGAUUCCUGGCCACCUCGUACUCCAUCAAGUACCCUGAAAGAGUUAAACACCUCAUCCUGGUGGACCCAUGGGGCUUUCCCCUUCGACCUACUGACCCCAGUGAGAUCCGGGCACCGCCGACCUGGGUAAAGGCCGUGGCCUCAGUCUUAGGACGUUCCAAUCCAUUGGCGGUUCUUCGAGUAGCUGGGCCCUGGGGGCCUGGCCUGGUCCAGCGCUUCCGGCCGGACUUCAAGCGCAAGUUUGCGGACUUUUUUGAAGAUGAUACCAUCUCGGAAUAUAUCUACCACUGCAAUGCGCAGAAUCCCAGCGGCGAGACAGCGUUCAAAGCCAUGAUGGAGUCCUUUGGCUGGGCCCGGCGCCCCAUGCUGGAUCGAAUUCACUUGAUUCGGAAAGACGUCCCCAUCACCAUGAUCUAUGGGGCCAACACCUGGAUAGACACCAGCACAGGCCAAAAAGUGAAGAUGCAGCGGCCAGACUCCUACGUCCGGGACAUGGAGAUCGAGGGCGCCUCCCACCACGUCUACGCCGACCAGCCGCAUGUCUUCAACGCCAUGGUGGAAGAGAUCUGCGAUUCGGUGGACUGAGCCUGCCCCACCGAGGGAAGAGGGGAAAGCCGGAGAGAGUCGCUCUCGCCUCCCCGGUCUGCUUACUCACCUCCCCACCUCCCCCUGCCCUUUCCUUCACCAACUAACAUGGGCCAGCCGGCCGCCCCUGGGCAGGAGCACAGACAACACCGCACUCCUGGCCCCAUGCUGAGGGCUUGGAGACUAAGCCACCAGAGGCCUUGAGCUCCCACCCUGGGAGGAAGCCCCAAAGGGUGUGCCGUGCCGCCCACUCACUCCAUGCCAAACGUUCCCCGGAUGAUAAUGAUUGUGCCAAAGAGAGGGCCACCCCUCUUCCUUGGGCAAAGAAGGGGUUCCUAGCAUCCUCCCCCAGUUCGGUGGUGUUCGCAGGGACAGGUUCCCAGCAAGAGCAUCCUGCUGCGUCUCCCCCUCCCCCCUGCCCCCAUGGCUGGACCUGUUUCCGCAGAACUUCUGGGAUAUUCGGAUUCCCUUCCCUCACC